AUGGAAAUAGGAAAUUGCAAGUUUGUAGCUCAGCUUAUUUACGAGUGUCCUGGUCUGAUAUGGGAAAGAAAUAGCAAAGGAUGGAGCAUAAUACAUGCAGCAGUUUGGCAUCGUCAUGAGACUAUCUUUAGUUUAAUAUAUGAGGUAGGCAUGGUCAAGAAUGUGAUAGCUACCUUUAAAGACAAGGAAGAUGGGAGCACUUUACUUCAUUUAGCUGCAAGAUUAGCUCCGGUAAGUCAGCUGAACAAAAUAGCUGGAGCAGGUUUUCAAAUGCGACGUGAAUUAUUAUGGUUUGAGGAGGUGAAAAAGAUUAUUCAACCUUCUUAUAUACAGAUGAAAAAUUCAAAAGGCGAAACACCUCAAGAAUUAUUCACUUCUGAACAUGAAGUGUUGUUACAAGAUGGACAGAAAUGGAUGAACGGGACAGCACAAUCAUGUACAAUCAUUUCAACCCUCAUCGCUAGUGCUUUAUUUGCGGCAGAAGUUACUGUUAUUAUGGGAGAUCAUCUAUUUAAAACGGCCCGGUUUCGAAUUUUCAUCAUUUCAGAUGCAAUAGCAUUUUUGUUGGCCUUAGCUGCAACGUUAACGUUCUCGGCCAUCCUCACCUCACGCUAUGCUGAAAGAGAUUUUCUUAGUGCCUUAUCAUGGCGGUUGAAAAUGGGACUCGCAUUGCUCUUCUUUUCUAUUACAGCCAUGAUGUUUACAUUUAGCUCGGCUUUUUUUAUUGCUUACGGUCGUAAGGACGUCUUCUCUAUUCUCGUAACUGGAUGUGCAG